AUGGCGAAUGGCACUAGGCAGCUUCAUCAGUGCAAAACCGCCGCUUGUGCUCAGCAGAAGAAGUAUGUCAUCAUCGCCCCACGCCAUGCCGGUAAAAAUCUCCAGAACUGCUAUGACCGGGGUCUGAAAGAUUCCUGCUCCCAUGUCAUGAAUUCGACAUCGGUCGCGCCGGCCGCGCUGCCCGCCCUCACCACGCCGUUUGCCGCGCCGGCGAGCUGCACCGACGUCUUUGGCAGCACCAUCACCUACCGCACCGGCUUCGACGGCGCCGACGCCACCCACUACACCGUCUACGCCGCCCCGCCCCCGAGCGCCGGCGCCUGCCAGGCCGCCGGCGCCAACGUGCACCGCGACGGCGCCACCAUCGUCGUCCGCCCCGGCGUCUGUCCCAGCGGCUGGGUCGCGUACAACCUCGCCGUCGACGGGCCGCAGUACUAUCCGAACCCGAGCGAUGCCGCCUCUGUCACCUUUGCCGCCAUUUGUUGUUCGAGUUCACGGGGAGACAGCGGCUUCUCGGCGACGGACACGCUGAAUAGCAUCCCCAGCUUCGGCCCGGCCUGCACCAGGCUCGUCGCCAGCACCCAGACCGUCUCGGCGGGACAGACGACGACGUCGCUGACGCUGAGCGCCCACGCCGCCUGGCGCAUCCAGUGGAAGGCCGGCGACGCCCCGACCCUGACGCCCCAGCCGCCGUCCAUGGAGCUCUGCUACGACGUGCAGAUACCGACCUGGACGCCCGGUGCCCCGGUGACGGGCCGCAACAAGUGCCGGAGCCUCAAGGAGUCACCGGACAAGCACCAGCGCAACGGGCUGCUGUGGCUGGCCAUUGUGCUGCCGACCGUCAUUGGCUUCUUGCUCAUCCUGGGCUCAACCAUGUCGCCCGCGGACCACCACCCAGCAGCCGCGGACGAGCUUCCCGGCGGCGGCGCAACGCUUCCUCCUCGUGCCUGCGAGCCAGCCCCUGACACCGCCCCGCCGGCGCUCUCCUCGGACGAGAUCAAGGAAAAGGCCGCCCGGAAGGCGCUCCUGCACGGCAUGCUCACCGCCGGCGGCAAGAACAAGGAGAUGAUGGAGUGGUGGCGCGAGUUCAAGCGCCUCGAGACCGAGCUGCGCGCCGCCCGCCCCAAAAAGCACCGCCGAGAUGGCAAGAAGCGCAGAAGCCUCCUGCAAAUCAGCGACGAGGCGCUCGGGUCCAUUGGCGAGGACGAGCCGCUCGAGACGACAUCGGCCGCGUCCAGCAGCGCGCCGGAUCCGGAGCCCGUGUCGCCACACGCGGGGCGGUAUCCGUACUUUGUCAACAUGGACGUGGUGGAAGCAGCAGAGCGGCUCGCCGACGCUGAAAUUACUGCGGCCAGGCACGCAAGAUCAGUCCGCCGUCGUGCAAAACGCGACGAGCAGAACCAGCGCCUUGAAAAUGACGCUGCCUGA